UAUCAGAGAUACUCAAUAUUAUUUUCCAAGGACGUUGGACCAAGCAUGAAAAACAAGAACUUCAAGAAAGCAACAAGUGAGACUCCCAUUUAUUCGCUUCCACCUGACCUUUUGGAGGAAAUUUUGCUAAAAACUAUUUCUACAUCUUCAUCACCUAUCAAAGAUAUUAGAGAUUUUCGAAAAAUAUGCAAGAAUUUUCAUGUCGCAUGUUCAUCGAAAAGAGUAGGAAAAUACAUGAUCGUUGAAGAUUGGAAAAAGAGUUGGCAGGAUAAGCAAGGAUAUCUAAGCUUUAUUCGGAGUUGUGCUGAUUGCAAAAAUAGUGAUGCUCUCUUUUGGCUUGGAUUGGAGGAGUUGUUGAUUCGAGAAAGAGUUGAUGUUGGAUUACAUUAUCUCCAAAUAGCUUCAAGUGGAGGGCAUGUUUUGUCCAAAUAUAUCGCGGGCUUAGUGUUGCUACGUGAAGAGUCAACUCGGUGGUAUGGCGUUUAUCUUUUGAAUGAGAUCUCGAAUAAAAUACAUCAGUGUCGAGAAGAAACAUCAAAUAUUUUCAUGAAAAUGAAAUGGGAUAAAUUGUCUGCAUUGUCAGUUAAUCAUUGCGACAAUUUGUCAUGUGGAAAACGAUCUUUGGAAGGUGACAAUAGAUGGUUAAGUGAAAACCACGUGAAAAGAAUAUUUUGCAGUGAUAUUUGCGAAUGGGUGCAUGAAUAUAACAUGUUUGUCAAUAGGAGAUAUUUAUCAAUAUCUUAG